GCUCGCGGGCCUCAGCUGUCACGCUCGGCUGACGACCGGACGACGGGAACGGCAAGCAUGAGCGGCGACGCGACCGGCGAAACAAAACGGUCAAACAAAAACAAAGAAAGAAGAAACGAGAGAAGGAGGGCGGCGCCACAGGCAACGUGGGGGUACAGGCGGAUAAACCAUCAUCACUCGUUCACUCGGCUUCAUUUGAACGGGAAGAUAUCAAAGAGGAUAUAUACCCCUGCGGUGUACCACCACGUGGAUGACAUGGUGUAGAGGGAACGACAGGAAUCCGGUGUCGUCGACACUGGACCUUCUUCCUCCUGGUGACAGCCCCAGCGAGGGGGCCGUUCAAAGAGACAACACCGCGGCUGUGAAGAGGCAGACAGUACUGGGCCUGGUGGUACCUGGAGCCCUCAUCCUUACAGCGGGUGCACUCUGCUGCCCGUUCAUUUUCCUAGUCGGUGUCGCCCUAGUAGCAUUCGGGUUCUUGCUGCUAGUUCUUCUACCUGCCGCAGCCUGGCAGCUCUUCAAGUCUCUUCCCGAAGAUCCCGUGGAAGUCAUUUCACAGCCAAAGAAACCGACGCAACCUCAGCAUCAAGCCGGCUCCAUCGGAUACACGAACGCAGCCUUCGACCCCAAGGAGUCAUCGGAACAAGUCUUCCACAGUCCAUCCAUUGCAAGUGCUCAACAGCCAUCGACAUGUUCCCGAUGUCGUCUACCCAUUGUCACAAUCGAACUCUCUCAGAAUAUGGACUCGAACCUCGCCCCUUCCAGCAUUAGUCAGAAACAAGUCCAGGACAGCGGCUACCAUGACCUACCACCACGCUACUCGGCUGUCAUACGAGAAAGCCCCUUAAUAUAAGGCAUUUUUGUGCAAUGAAAGCGGCGGCAUUUUUGCAUCGUAAUCCUCUUUUGUGGGAUUACAGCAGGUUUUUAGAAUAAUGAUUUACAAUGUUCGGAGGAGAUUUAACGAAGCCACCUGUCUCUUGGUUUACGUCUUGUUGAAUGUCCUUGCAUGUCAUAGAUAUAUCAUAUGGUGCAUAUCAUCUUCAAUCUUUGUACUUUGCUGUCGUCUGCUAUCAUUCUCUGUUCCUUUCUCAGUUGAAUGCAUAAAGUCUGUUCAACAACAGGAAUUUGCAAGAGUAAAAACAAUUAAUAUUGCA